AUGGAUUUCUUAAAAGUUCCAUCUUUCGGUUGGAAUGGACCAACGGAUCAAAAAUUUGAUGAAACAUUCAAUCAAAUUUAUCAUAAUAGUUUACAAAAUUAUUAUUCAAUCAUGAAUAGUCUAUCAAAGUGUACAACAUUAUCUGAAUCAACUGAUAGUCAAUUAUGUUUUAAUUCAAAUUUAACAACAACAACAACACCGACCACUACUACAACAACAACAACAAGGACGAAUGAUAAUACUACUUUUAAUGAAAAUAGUAGUAUUGAUACAAAUUUGAUCAAUUUUAAUAAAGAUUUAUCAAUAAUGAAUGAACAAAAUGAACCAAUCAAUUUAUGUAUUCGUGAUCAAUUUAAAUUAGAUUUAAUGCAAUAUACUAAUAAAAUGAAAAUUAUCAGUAAUAUAUUUUGUGCUAAUAAUAUUCAUGAUCCUGAUCGGAAUAAUAUCGAUUAUUUUGGUAUGAAUCAUUUUAAUGGUAAUAAUAUAAAUGACAAUUAUAAUAAUUCAUUUUAUCUUACGGAUUUAACUAAUAAAAUGAAUAUGAAUUUAUAUGCUACAACCAAUAAAAUGAUGUCAACGGAGUUGAAAUGGUUACCAGACAGUUUAAACCAAUUUCUUAUGAUGAAUCACAAUAAUAUACAUCAUAAUUUUAAUUAUAAUUCUGCUAAUAUUACUAGUACUAGUACUACUACUGUUAUUGAUAAUAAUAAUAUUCAACAAUCCCAUCUUGAUAAUGAAUUUUUAACAUCGACACCAGUAUGGCGUAAUAAGCUUACAGAUGAUAUAGAAACAGUAAAAAUUGAACGAGAAAACCUUAGAGAACAACAAAACGAAAGGGAGACAUCAAUAAAUGAAACUGAGAAAAUGAAGUGGAGAAAAUAUUCACGACAAAUAAAUCGUUUAUAUUAUUCACGUAAUAAAAUUGUUCAUACACAACGAAAAAUUCAUCGAAAAUUAAAAAAUCAUCCUGAUAGUAAUAAUAUACAGAAAAACCCAAUUAACGGUGAAGAUGCUAAUGAUACUAAAGACAAUGGUGUUAUCACAUGUCGUACAAAUACUAGAUCAAUUUGUAGGAGACGUCGUGUAGGUUGGCGUGGAACAACAAUAUGUGCAGCAUGUGGAUUAAUGUUUGAAGGAAUGAAUCAACUUAACACGCAUUAUUCACAUGUACAUGGAAGUCUUCUAGAAUCAGAAUGCACUUUUGCACAAUAUUCAAAUAGUAAAACAUCUAAAUUACUAUUUCAAGCUCAACUUGACCUUUUAAUAUCUGAAAAAGAAUUACAAAAUAAUUCUUUAACAUCUACUACUAAUGAAAAGAAUUUUAUUCCAACAACAUCAAUCUCAUUAACAACUUGUAAAGAAAAUCAUUUUGAUAUUUCAUCAAUCAAUUCAACUGUUAAUCAUUCUAUAGAUAAACCAUUUGAUCAAUUUAAUCAACAAAUUAAAAGUUAUCCAUGUCCAAAAUGUAAUUAUAUAGCUAAAUGGCCAACAGAAUUACAAAAACAUGUUAUGGUACAUGCAAAUUCACGACCAUUUAUUUGUUGUGUAUGUACAACUAGUUAUAAAUGGAGUUGGGAUUUAGGUCGACAUUUUACUAAUUCACAUCCUAAUUUACCUAAUCCAUAUAAACGUCAACGUAUCAAUAAAACAAUUUUUAAAUGA